AUCCUUUUCUCCUUAGGUCUCCUAGGAGUUUCUCGUUCUCUCUGUUCCCUGUUCCCAGCUUACAACCAUCAUGAAGACUCUCUGCUUUCUGUUGCUGACAUCCGGCCUCCUCUACCUGAUGGUCAAAGGUGUUGGCAGUCACCCUGGUACAUUUCACGUCAGGAUCAAGUGUAUGCCAAAAAUGACAGCUGUUUUUGGUGACAAUUGCUCUUUCUAUAGCAGCAUGGGUGAUCUCUGUAAUAAUACGAAAUCUGUAUGCUGCAUGGUACCUGUGAGAAUGGAUAAUAUAUAGAGCACUGAAGCCAUAUAAAGAAUAUUUUACCAUUGUUUCAAUAAAGUGAAACAUCCUUUGAAAAAUGCUUUUAUCAGAA